AAAAAAACAACAGGACAUUAGGGGGUUUAUCAGAGAGAUGCAGUCCUUCUGAUCGGAGGAGUCUGGCUCUUUUUGAAGGCGAUCAACACCAGACUGCCGAGAGACCUUUGAGAAUUAUUCCUUUUAUAAAAGCAAAUAAUCUGCACAGAACAAAGAGCAACUAUGGGCAAUCUACUUCUAAAGGAUUUCGUAAGGAGAGAAUUUGAAGACUUAAAGGAUGAUUUAAAUCAAGGCAGUAUCCCAAAAGUGGCAGCAGAAUACAGAGAAUGUUUAAAUGAAAUGCAAAAUCUGCCCCUUAAUAUUGCAGUUACUGGAGAUGGGGGUGUUGGUAAAUCCUCCUUUGUCAAUGCCUUCCGGGGUGUAAAUGAUGAUGAUAAGGAGGCAGCCGAGGUUGGGCCAGGAAAAGAAACAUUAGUGCUAAAGGCAUAUCCUCACCCUUCUUUCCCUAAUAUAAAAAUAUGGGACCUUCCAGGGAUUGGGACAUAUAAGGUUAAGGCAGCAAAAUAUCUGAAGAACGUCCAAUUUGAAAAAUACGAUGUCUUUAUUGUGGUUAUUUCUGAUCGCUUUUCUGAAAACCAAGCUAUGCUGGCGAAGGAAAUACAAAGAAUGAAGAAGAAAUUUUACUAUGUGUGUAGCAAAAUGGAUAUCACCAUCAACAAUGAAAUGAGAAGAAAGAAUUUCAAUAUGGAGGACACCUUGACGUCCAUGAGGAAAUAUUGUGAAGAGAGCUUGAAAGAGGCAGCUGCAGUUUCCACAAGAGUGUUUCUGAUAUCCAGUCGGGAGGUGCACAUGUAUGAUUUCCCUCUCCUGCAAGAGACAAUGGCCACUGAACUUCCUGACCACAAGAAAGAUAUUUUAACACUAUCUAUGCAUAUUUUCUCCGAAAGUGAAUUGAUGAAGAAAAAAGAGCUAAUGAAAGACUAUAUAAAGAAGAUAGCAUUGGUAUCUUGUGCUUGUGGAGCCAUGCCUCUCCCGGGUCUCUCUAUAGCUUGUGAAGUUGGAAUUUUGAUAGAUACCCUGAGAUGUUUCUGCCGGGUGUUUGGCUUAGAUGACCGGUCCCUCCGUUUUCUGGCACUUCAGACAGGAAAAGAAUUUGAAGAAUUGAGGUCAGCUAUCAAGAAAACGCCGUUACUCAACACAAUAAAUGCAGAAUUGGUUGCUUCUCUCUUGAUGAAGUCAUCUCUUUGGGUAGUUGUGUCACUUGUGGAACUGGCUUUUGAUUUUGUACCUGUUCUUGGUUCUUUGGUUGGUGGAGCGAGUUCAUACGUUGUCACGUAUCAUUUUCUGAACAGCUUUCUUGACGAUGCUGUGGAAGAUGCCCAAAAUGUUCGAGCAAAGCUUCUUAAGCAACCAGAAUCCCAGGGAAAAUUUGAAAAAAUCUCUCAAAAGCCCCUUUGAAGGAAAUAGUCAAGCAUUUCAUCCAAAUGAAACAGGAGGAAGAAAAUAAUAAUGUUUCAGUGCCUUAUUAUUUUCUUGUUUUUAAGAAUUCUCUGAUUGAAAUAUGUGCUUGACCACCCGGAGGGCAAAGGAGUACCCCUGUCACAGAUAUUUCCUCAGGAACUCAGAAAUUAAAUAUUUAUCUAUAUUGUUUGGGGGUAGUUGCUUUUCUUUUUUUUGUUUUUUCUCUUUUUCUUUCUUUUCUGUUCUAUUUGUAACCAUUCUAAAUAACAAAAGCAAUAGAGAAUUUGAUAUGAUGAUGCAUAUUACAUAACAAUUUUUGAAAAAUAUGAAAAAAACCCACAAUAUACUCCGCUUGAGAUAUCUCAUUAAUGUAUUAAUAAAAAGAAUUUUAAAUAAAACUUUGAACGUA